UCACACUCUGGCUUGUUUGCGUGAAAAAACGUAACUUUUUUUUGUUGUAAUGUAGGAAGCAGCACGGGCAGUCGACCAACUUGAAAUCGCGCAUUACCGGACACAAGACGAAGCAGCCCGUGUAAUAAACGCAAGAAAACCCCGAGCGACAACAACAACCCCCGAAAAGCGGUAGUUGCAAGCGUUUUUCCCAAGUGGCAGCGGCAAUUUACACGGCGAAAAACGAGCUCGCGUCGCGUCCAGCUGUCCAACAAUCAAAAUUAACCGUCUUUAGCGCGUAAAACUAUUAAUAUUCAAAAUUGCCCCGUAUAUAAAUUGUUUAUAUAUUUUGUAUAUAUAUUUUCUACGCCACGUAAACCAGCCAUUUCGCGUUUAAACCUAAAACAAGACUUGUAAUUUUCGUUGGAUUUUUUUCUGGAGUGUUUGUUUUUUUUUUUUUUGGCGCAAGUUUUGUUUGGUUACAUUUGUGUUGAGUUUUUGCAACACGAAGGCGAAGACGAAGGCGCUGCUAUCAAACAACAGGCGAGGGCAAGUGGCUAGUUACGACGGCCGCUAAGAUGUUCAGUCCCGAGUACGAAAAACGCAUCCUGAAGCACUACAGUCCCGUGGCCCGCAAUCUGUUCGACAACUUUGAGGCGUCCACCACGCCCACAUCUCUCGACCGCUUCAUACCCUGCAGAGCGUACAACAACUGGCAGACGAACUUCGCGUCGAUCAACAAGUCCAAUGACAACUCACCGCAGACGAGCAAGAAGCAGCGGGACUGCGGGGAAACGGCACGCGAUAGUCUCGCCUACUCCUGCCUCCUGAAGAACGAGCUGCUCGGCUCGGCGAUCGACGACGUGAAGACCGCCGGCGAGGAGCGGAAUGAGAACGCCUACACGCCGGCCGCCAAGCGGAGUCUCUUCAAGUACCAGUCACCCACCAAGCAGGACUACAAUGGCGAGUGCCCGUACUCGUUGUCACCCGUCAGCGCCAAAAGCCAGAAGCUGCUGCGGUCGCCGCGCAAGGCCACGCGCAAGAUCUCACGCAUUCCCUUCAAGGUGCUGGACGCGCCCGAGUUGCAGGACGACUUCUAUCUGAACCUGGUCGACUGGUCGUCGCAGAACGUCCUGGCCGUGGGCCUCGGCAGCUGCGUCUAUCUGUGGAGCGCGUGCACCAGUCAGGUGACCCGCCUGUGUGAUCUCAGUCCGGAUGCGAAUACGGUGACCUCGGUGUCGUGGAACGAGCGUGGCAACACCGUCGCCGUGGGCACACAUCACGGCUACGUGACCGUCUGGGAUGUGGCGGCCAACAAGCAGAUCAACAAACUGAACGGCCACUCGGCGCGCGUGGGCGCCUUGGCCUGGAACAGUGACAUCCUGUCGAGCGGCUCGCGUGACCGUUGGAUCAUACAGCGGGACACGAGAACGCCGCAGCUGCAAUCGGAGCGACGCCUGGCCGGCCAUCGGCAGGAGGUGUGCGGACUGAAAUGGUCGCCGGAUAAUCAGUACUUGGCCAGCGGCGGCAACGACAAUCGCCUGUACGUGUGGAAUCAGCAUUCCGUCAAUCCUGUGCAAUCAUACACGGAGCACAUGGCGGCUGUGAAGGCGAUCGCCUGGUCGCCGCAUCACCACGGACUCCUGGCCAGCGGCGGUGGAACGGCGGAUCGGUGUAUUCGAUUCUGGAACACGCUGACGGGCCAGCCCAUGCAGUGCGUGGACACCGGCUCGCAGGUAUGCAAUCUGGCCUGGUCCAAGCACUCCUCGGAGCUGGUCUCCACGCACGGCUACUCGCAGAACCAGAUACUCGUGUGGAAGUAUCCAUCGCUGACGCAAGUGGCCAAGCUGACCGGCCACUCGUACCGUGUGCUCUACCUGGCGCUGAGUCCCGAUGGUGAGGCCAUCGUUACGGGCGCCGGCGAUGAGACGCUGCGUUUCUGGAACGUAUUCAGCAAGGCACGCAGCCAGAAGGAGAACAAGUCCGUGCUGAAUCUGUUUGCCAAUAUCAGAUAAGGACAAUAAUCCAAGGAGCGAAGACUGAGCGAGGCGCCAAAGGCAAACACAACACAACACAAAAACAAAGCAAAACAAAACAGAAGAAAAGAAAUCGAUACUAGAAACCGAAAAAACAAAGGGAAACCAACCAAGCCAAUCAAUCAGCAAAACCAAGCAGAUACUAACUAACUAACUAAUCGAGCCUAUAUGUGUAUGCUCUACACACACACAAACGAUUCUUGUGCGGCAGUCGUUUAGUAAAUUGUAGUAACCACAGCAGCAAUAGUUAAAAUAAAUUUAAGUUAAGUCCUUUGUAUAGAACGGUAAUUAGCAACAUUUACGUAGGUAAACACAUGCAAUUUAUGAAAGGAAGGAAGGAAGGAACAACAUCAAGAGAUGGCUGCAACUAGAACUGAAAAUGAAACUAAGUCUAUGGAAAUUGUCAGUAAUUGGAAUAUAACACCACACUCACAACACCACUAUCUAUAAACGACAUUUUUGUUGCUUUUCUUAAA